AUGGGUUGCGGGAUCUCUGUGAGUCUCGGUGGCCCAGUCGGCGAAGCCACGACCGUCAUGAUCAAGGACGAAUCUUCCACUGGAAACAGCACCACUUACAAGGAUGGAAUAUCAUGGAGCGAUACAUGGACUGUUGCGGAUACCUUCAACUUCGGGGUAACCGGCACAGCCGGUGUCGGUCUGUCUAAUAUACCACUGUUUGAUGGGGUUCCAAUCAUGGGAAAGGCCGGUGUGGACAUGACAUCGGGUUAUACACACAGCGACGGCCAAAGAUUCGAGCAAAGCCGAAAGCGGAGUGUGGAUUGGGAGAGUAAUGUCAAGUCUUCUCAGUCGUAUGGGAUCACGAGGACGCGGCAAAGAUCCCUCUCAUACUCUACAACCGGUAGUUGGUCAAAAGACGUCUGGGCCAAUGACUAUUGUGGCAGCUGGUUUGCGGUGCCGCUCUUGGGGAUGAGUUGUGGCAGAGCAGCGAUGGGCGACUUGGUGAAGAAUCCUCUCAAUAACCACACUCGAUGCAAUCUCGAUAAGUUUGGAUCGUUCGACGUGUGUGCCUCGUAUGGGUUCAAGCACGAGACGGUUCCCGAUGAAUCUCGCACCAGGACGGUAUUUGUGCUGCGCGACUGCAAGCGAGGUUUUAUCCUCCCUGGCGAGUGGCAGCAACAUGAGUUUGCCUACAGCACCAUUUCGUCCAUGCCUGAGUACUACAGGGACCACAUCUCGAGAUGGGGCAUCAGAAACCUGGACGAGAAGCCCGAGGACGAUGAAUGGGUGUUCCAGAGACAGAUGGACCAGAAGCUCCACAAGUUCACAAAGACCAUUGGCGUUACCGACUACAACUUCAAGUACUGCGGAGAGGGCGAGUACUGCGUCCAACUGAAGUUGACCAAGGAUCGGUGCUAUGAUAUCCCGCGUGGCUAUGUCAGUAUGCCCGAUGAAAGCCCCAAAUCAGCCCACGUUGUUUCGGCCACCGUCAUGCCCGGCCACUGCUGUAUGCUUUUCUCCAGACACCAAUGUCUUGGACAGGCACAGCGUCUGCUCCCCGGAGAUACGAAGUUGCAAGAGGUUGCGUAUGAGGGUCUCGCCCACAGUGUUGUCUGCAAUGCGAGUGAGUAUUGCCGCUCUCAGACAGACGAAGGUUAUGGCAGCGCCAGCGAGGAUGACUAG